AUGGAAUCCCUUAAAUACAAUGUAUGUGCUUUCGAUGAUUAUGAGUGCUUGGAUUCCAGAUUUGCUGAUAAAUUUCUCUUCCAGGCAGCUACUGUGAAGCAAUACCCAGAAAAGGUGACUGUAGUGUUUUUCUUCAUAUUGUUUGGAACCAUGCAAUCUGCAAUUGUCUCUUCCAUCAUGGAGAGGAGUCCAAGUGCUUGGACAUUGCGCCCUGGAAUUGGAAUGAUUGCUAUUGUGUAUUCAGCCAUAUUUGGGAUUGUAGUUCGCUACAAUGUCGUUACAUGGUGCUUGCAUGAGAAGGGUCCCCUCUUUGUUGCCAUGUUUAAGCCCCUGGGCAUGGUGGUUGCAGUGGUUGCAGGAAUGAUAUUCCUUGAUGAUGAACUUCAUCUUGGGAGGUAA